AUGUCUCUGAGCAGAAGUAUCGAAUGGGAACAUUUCGAAGAGCGGGAAAAGACGCACAGGUCGUCUCGAGGCAGUGGCUCGGGGUCCCAAUCUGGAGGGUCGCGAGGCAACGGUCUUGUGCCUAGCCCAGCUCACAGCGCGCACUGCAGCUUCUACCGCACGCGCACGCUGCAGUCCCUAACCUCAGAGAAGAAAGCCAAGAAAGUUCGCUUCUAUCGGAAUGGCGACAAGUACUUCAAAGGUUUGGUGUACGCGGUUUCUGGUGACCGUUUUAGGUCUUUGGACGCCCUCCUCAUGGAACUUACACGGUCACUUUCGGAUAACGUCAACCUCCCUCAAGGUGUACGGAGCAUUUACACUAUAGACGGAGCUAAGAAGAUAACAAGCAUGGAAGAGUUAGUGGAAGGAGAGAGUUACGUGUGUGCGUCCAACGAGCCCUACCGUAAAGUCGACUACACCAAAAAUGUGAACCCCAAUUGGUCUGUGAACGUCAAGGGCGGGACAUCUCGUUCUCUCCCCUCGCUGAGCUCCGUGAAGAAUGAACGUGAGAGCAAAGAUUUCAUCAAACCCAAACUGGUGACGGUGAUCCGGAGCGGGGUGAAGCCGCGCAAAGCCGUACGCAUCCUACUCAACAAGAAAACCGCGCACUCCUUCGAACAGGUCCUCACCGACAUCACUGACGCCAUAAAACUGGACUCUGGAGCCGUGAAGAGACUCUACACACUGGAGGGCAAACAGAUCUCGUGUCUGCAGGACUUUUUUGGGGAGGAUGAUGUGUUCAUUGCCUGUGGUCCAGAGAAAUACCGUUAUGCUCAGGAUGACUUUGUGCUUGAUCACAGCGAAUGUCGGGUGCUGAAGUCUUCGUAUGCUCCGCGCUCCGCCACUCCGGUGAGGUCCAGUGGGUGUAAGAGUCCUGGGCUCUCUCGUCGCAGUAAAUCUCCUGGAACAGUGAGAAGAGCGACGGGGCACUAUUCCACCAGCAGUCAGUCUCCUGUCAAAUCCCCAGUGAACGGCAUCUCCAGCAGCCAGAUGACCACGCCCAAAUCCACCAAGUCCUCUAGCCCCUCCCCCACCAGCCCCCGAAGCAUGCGCAACUUCAAGAUUCCUGCCCAUCACUCCUCUGCUACCAAUGUGAACGGCUCCUCAGAGCAACCUCCGCAACACGCUAACAAUAUGAACCCUGAGGUUAACGGCAACAGAAACCCAACCAGUUCCUCUAUCUUGGAGAAAUAUAAAGUUGGUAAAGUUAUCGGAGAUGGGAAUUUUGCUGUGGUGAAGGAGUGUGUUGAGCGAUCCUCUGGUAAGGAGUUUGCGCUGAAGAUUAUCGACAAGGCCAAAUGCAGAGGCAAAGAGCACCUGAUAGAGAAUGAGGUGGCGGUGCUGAGGCGGGUCAAACACCCCAACAUCAUCAUGCUGAUUGAGGAGGUGGACACGCCCAGCGAGCUCUACCUGGUGAUGGAGCUGGUCAAGGGUGGAGAUCUGUUUGAUGCCAUCACCUCGUCCACUAAGUACACAGAGCGGGAUGCCAGCGCUAUGGUGUUUAACCUGGCUGGAGCACUCAAAUACCUGCAUCGCAUGAGCAUCGUGCACAGAGACAUUAAACCAGAGAACCUGCUGGUGUGUGAGUAUCCAGAUGGUACGAAGUCUCUGAAGCUUGGUGAUUUUGGCCUGGCCACAGUGGUGGAGGGGCCGUUGUACACCGUGUGUGGGACGCCCACGUACGUGGCCCCCGAAAUCAUCGCUGAGUCUGGUUACGGGCUGAAGGUGGACAUUUGGGCGGCAGGAGUCAUCACCUACAUUCUCCUGUGUGGUUUCCCCCCUUUCCGCAGUGAGAAUAACCUUCAGGAUGACCUGUUUGACCAGAUUCUACUGGGACGGCUGGACUUCCCUGCCCCCUACUGGGACAACAUCACUGACUCUGCUAAAGAGCUGAUCACUCGGAUGCUGCAGGUGAAUGUAGAGGCCAGAUACACAGCCGAGGAUGUACUGUGUCAUCCCUGGGUCACGCAGGAGGAUGUUGCCAUGGAAAAUAAUAUGAAGGUGGAGGUAACAGGUAAACUGAAGAAGCACUUCCAUACAGCGCAGAAACACAGCAACACCACUGCUGGUGUGUCUGUUAUUAUGGUAAGAACACACACACAGACACACACACACACACACACACAUUUUCAGCACUGAUUAAUCAGAAUU